AUGGAACAAACAGUGAAAGUUUUCGUCUCUCCGGCAAUGAACAACUCGGAGUUUUUGGACUCUGUUGCAGCCGAGUCAACUGGAAACGAAGAGAUUUGCGCCGAAAAGGAUGAAGAUGUAUUUGAUCAAGAACUUCAGGCACUCGAAAAUGCCAACAAUAAAGAAGAUGAAGACGUUGAUGAGGUUAUCGGGACAGCUGCGGAAGACAUUGGAAACAACAAGGUCCGCACGGAAAACAACAAAAACUCGUCUGGUUCCAGGAUGGUACAAGUCGCGAAAACGUUACAACUCGCAAGUUCGUGGCUAAAUAAGACUCGAGUCAAGAGAAGCGAAAACACGCCGCGUGUAGAUUCGUUCCUCGAAAAGCUAGAAAUGGCCGGUCCAUCACACUUGACACGGAACAGCAGGAAGAUGAUGGAUUCCUCAGCCUCCUCGAUUGUGAUAGAUCCUUCGGGAUCGUUACAUUACUGGUGGUUAAUAGUCAUAUCAAUAUCUGUACUGUACAACUGGAUUUUCAUCAUCGCUCGCAUAGCAUUUUCAGACCUUCAGACUAACACUAUAUCACUCUGGCUCACUUUCGAUUACCUCUCGGAUUUAAUCUACAUCGUGGAUAUGAUAGUGCAAUUCAAGAUAGGCUUCAUGGAGCAAGGACUUCUUGUUCGAGAUCCGAAGCAACUCCAUCGUAAUUACAUGCGAAAAAUAAUUUUUAAAUUAGACUGCUUGUCAAUAAUACCUCUAGACCUGUUCUACUUUGAGGUUGGAAUCAACUCGGUAGCAUUGAGAUUGAACCGCCUUCUGCGCCUGCAUCGCAUGUUAGAAUUAAGAGCCACGAUCGAGACCAUUUCAAGAUUCCCAAAUUUUCUUCGUCUGUGUUCAUUAAUUGCUAUGGUUUUGUUGAUCUUUCAUUGGAACGCUUGUUUUUACUUUUUAUUGUCAAAAUGGAUCGGAUUUGGAUCGGACAGCUGGGUCUACCCGGACUUAACUUCACCGGGUUUCGACUCACUAACUCGACAGUAUUUGUUUAGUUUGUAUUGGUCUUCGAGAAUGCUUACAACGGGAGAGACGGAAAACCCGCCACAGACUGACGUAGAACUCUUCUUUGUGACUGUCGAUUUAACGGUUGGCUUCUUGGUGUUUGCUGCAAUAGUUGGACAGUUUGGAAGCAUGAUAACACACAUGCUGCACGUUCGAAGAGAAUUCCUUGAACAAGCCGAUGCUGUGAAACAGUACUUAGUUUUUCAUGAGAUUGACGCUGAUUUGCAAAGACGGGUCGUUUCGUGGUUCAACUACAUGUGGGGAACUAAAAAGUCCUCCUUGGACCGAGAUAAUGUUCUCAGUAAACUGCCGCAUCCGCUUAAAACUGAAAUAGCUGUCCAGGUGCACUUGGAAACUUUGAAAAGGGUACAGGUAUUUGCUGAUGUGGAGCCUGGUCUUUUGAAAGAGAUCGUUUUGAAACUUCGCUCGCAAGUCUACUCCCCCGGUGAUUUCAUCUGCAAAAAGGGUGAGCCGGGAAAAGAGAUGUACGUAGUGAGUAGCGGUCGACUGCAAGUUGUGCAGGACGACCAAGAAACUGUGAUCGCUACCCUGAACGAAGGGAGCUAUUUCGGCGAGAUAAGUAUCCUGAAUUUAUCCAACACUGGAAAUCGUCGAACUGCAAACGUUCGCUCCGAAGGAUAUUCAGAACUACUGUGCUUGUCUAAAGAAGAUCUACUCGAGGCUCUCACGGAAUAUCCCGAAGCUAGAAAGUUGCUUGAGGUUCGAGGAAGAAGGCUUCUUCGGAGAUCGCGAUAG